GGAGCGGGGCUUCGGCCCGGGACCGGGAUGCGGUGGCGGCCGGGGUCGGUGCCUCCUUGCUCGGGGCGGCACCAUGCACCCGGCCGCGGCGGUUUGCCUGGUGUUCGGCGGCUGCUGCAGCAAUGUGGUGUUCCUGGAGCUGCUGGCCAGAGAUAAGGUUUACAGUCCCAUGGCCUGGCCCCUGUCUGCUGUUCAGUCUCUCUUCUCUUCCCCCAUAUAACUUUUGAACCCCGUGACCACGCUGCAGGCAUUGAAGUCUUGAGGUUAAUUGAUCUCUGGGGUUAAUUAAUCUCUGAGAAACACGAAAAUUGGCAGGUGGGUAGCAGGGAGGCGCUCGGGCUGGGGCACCAGAGGAAGGUGCUGUGCCUCCUGCUGCAAAUAACAGCGAGCUUUCAGAUUUAUUGACGUGUCACAGCUUCCUCUGAGCCAUCUGGGUGUAUUGAAAGUGGGCCCAAGCUGUUGUGGGAAAUCCUGGAAAAAGAUCCUGUGGAAAUCCUGCUGUCUUCCACCCAGGCAAAACCAUUGUUUCACCUGGCCUGUACCGAGCCCAGCAACUUGCAGGCAGUUUCCAGGAUGCGGGAACAUCGUGACGUUCUCCCAGUUCUUAUUUAUCGCCGUGGAAGGUUUCAUCUUCGAAGCCAACUUCGGGAGGAAGCGGCCGGCCAUACCCAUGAGGUACUACCUCAUCAUGGUGGCCAUGUUCUUCACUGUCAGCGUGGUGAAUAACUACGCCCUGAACUUAAAUAUUGCCAUGCCGCUGCACAUGAUCUUCAGAUCGGGCUCUCUCAUAGCCAGCAUGGCUCUCGGUAUCAUCAUUUUGAAAAAAAGGUACAGCAUGUCGAAGUACACCUCCAUAGCCCUGGUUUCCGUGGGGAUCUUCACCUGCACUUUCAUGUCUGCAAAGCAAGUGGCAUCUGACUCCAGCUUGAACGAAGAGGACGGACUCCACGUUUUCUUGUGGUGGCUGCUAGGUAUCGCCGCACUCACCUUCGCCCUCCUCAUGUCUGCCAGGAUGGGGAUUUUCCAGGAGACGCUGUACAAGCGGUUUGGGAAGCACUCCAAAGAGGCCCUUUUUUACAAUCAUGCGUUACCACUCCCUGGCUUUCUCCUCCUCGCCCCAAACAUCUACCACCACGCCGUUCUCUUCAGCCAGUCCGAGCCCUUCCAGAUCCCGGUGAUUGGGCUGACAAUGCCGAUCAUGUGGUUCUACCUCCUCAUGAACGUCAUCACCCAAUACGUCUGCAUCCGCGGCGUCUUCAUCCUCACCACGGAGUGCACCUCCCUCACCGUCACGCUGGUGGUGACGCUGCGCAAGUUCGUCAGCCUCAUCUUCUCCAUCCUCUACUUCCGAAACCCCUUCACGGCCUGGCACUGGCUGGGCACAGCCUUCGUCUUCGUGGGGACUCUGAUGUACACCGAGGUCUGGAACAGCCUCGGGCCCCUCCUGGCCCGCUGGAGGAAGAGGCCGAAGGAGGAUUAGAGGCCGGGGGGGCUCUCUGCAGGGAGCUUUUUAUGGUUUUAUAGGGCAGGGCAGCAGGGAAUCCUCCCGGAGAGGGGUUGUUUUUAUAACAGGGGAGGCCUUGGCUGUGCCAAGCUCCUGGGAAUCACGGAGCCUCCGCCGGGAACCUGCCUGGAAUGGAUCACGGAGGGAGGAUGCAGUUAUUUUUGUGCAAGGUUGCAUUUUUUUUUUAAUGCAACCCCUUUUGCUCCCCCACCCUAUAUUUUUUUUUUCUUUUCCAUUUAAAUUAAUUGAAAAGCUGACCCAGUUCUCUGCUAGGAGCCCAAUCAUGUCGUGGUGCUUUUCUACACUCCUCCCAGCUUCGGUGGGCUGGACCCUGAGCCUGUUUGGUGCCGUCCUUUAGCAUCCAGGUCCCUGUAGCACGCAGGUGAGCCCCUGGGAGCCCCCAGGCACUGCUGCUUGUGCAGCAGGUUUUUAGUUACACUGGAAAUGCCAGGCCUGGCUGUUAAUUUGAGUCCCUGUUGCCCUUUUCUGGGAGGACAUUGGUUAUAUUUGUAGCUGUCACCUUCUCCAGAGCCUUCCAGUCCGCCCAGUUGACCUCCACCAAGCCCCCAUUGCUUGGAGCAAGACCCAGCUGGGAGCCUGAGGAAAACAAAGAGGUGAUGCCAAGGUGCCAAAACCCCACCACAUCACCUUCACGGCCUCCUCAGGAGGUGGUGCAGUGCUCUCGGGGCUUAGCUGAGCCCUCAAAUGAUGCGGAGGGUUCACGGGUUCCUCCUGCUUGGUCAUUUUUCAGUCACUUUUUCCUCCUCUUUCCUUCACCUGAGUGUGGUCGCAGGGCGAUUUGUUGCCAGCAGUCAGCUGUAACAAACCACUCAGCCCCCAGCACGCUUGUGGUCCCCCCUGGGUCACCCCUUCAUGGAAUCACGGAAUGGUUUGGGUUGGAAGGGACCUUAAAACCCACCCAAUUGCACCCCCUGCCAUGGCAGGGACGCCUCCCACCAGCCCAGGCUGCCCCCAGCCCCAUCCAGCCUGACCUUGGGCACUGCCAGGGAUGGGACAGCCACAGCUCCUCUGGGUAGGGUCUCUCCACCCUCAGAGGGAAGAGUUUCUUCCUUUAUCUAAUUAAAAUCUGGCUUUUCUUAGCUUAAAACGGUUGCUCCUUGUGUCACUCCACACCUCAGGGUACAAAUGAUGCCAAGGAACUUGAGCAGGGCCAGUCCAGCUGAGCUUAUUUCUGCUGCUGGACAGGGGAUGAUUUUCCUGUCCCUUCACCCAGCUCUCCCCUUUUUUCUUUCCUCCUCCCACUCCUCGGGGAUCAGCUUCACUCGUGGCAUUCCCGUGCAGCCCGUCAGCAUCCCCCAGGCACGGGGACGGUUUUGCUGAGUGCCACCUCUCUCCCGAUGCUCGGACAGCCUGCGGGAGCUCUGAUCAGAAGCAUCGCCCUGAUUCCUGUUGAGCUUGGCCAAGGAAGGGCAGGGGCUGCGCUGGGGUUUUCCUCCACCAGCAUCGUCGUGGCUUUGGGUAUUUAUGUCUCCAAUUUCUGUGUCUAUGGGGAGAGCUAAAAGUGGUUUAAUAAGCACAGGGAAGAGGAAGAGCAAAACAAACGUGCAAAGACAAUCACCACCUCCCAGGUAGACCGAUGCCAGCGGUCCCAAACAGCCACCACCACCUCCAAGCCCCUUCCUCUCCGUUUUUAUCGCUGAUUUUUAUCUGGGGCGGCCGUCCUGGCUGUGCCAGCUUCUUGCCCAUCCGAAGCCUGUGCACAUUGGGGGCAGAGAGGG